AUGGCAGGAGGCAACGGAGGCUGGUGGCAGGAGGCAACAGAGGCUGGUGGCAGGAGGCAACAGAGGCUGGUGGCAGGAGGCAACAGAGGCUGGUGGCAGGUGGCAACGGAGGCUGGUGGCAGGUGGCAACGGAGGCUGGUGGCAGGUGGCAACGGAGGCUGGUGGCAGGUGGCAACGGAGGCUGGUGGCAACAGAGGCUGGUGGCAUGUGGCAACGGAGGCUGGUGGCAGAGGCAACAGAGGCUGGUGGGAGGUGGCAACGGAGGCUGGUGGCAACAGAGGCUGGUGGCAGGUGGCAACGGAGGGUGGUGGCUGGUGGCUGGUGGCAGGUGGCAGGUGGCAGCGGAGGCUGGUGGUGACUGGUGGUGAAUGA